UCUGUAUCUCUAAACACUCACUAGUUAACACAGGAACUCAACUUUGCUUUAAGGUGUUUAAUAGCAGUGAAUAUAUCACUGAUCUGAUCUAAGAACAGUUUAGACAAAUCAUUCACUGAGAGAAGAGUAAAAAGGACUGUGUAAUGUGGAGCAUAAGAGCAGCAUAGCUUUGUGUCAGUGAACUCUACAGGCUUUAAGACCCAGCUGAGUCAGUUAGCUGUGAUUGGGACUCCUGAUAUCAGUGUAAUUCCUGACUUAUGAGGCCUGUCUCCUGUUUGAAUAAGUGUACAGACUGGAUCUGAAUUAAAAAGAUGGAAUUAUUGGUGUUUAAUGAUGAACACAUUGUUUAACAGUGCUGAGUAUUAAUUAUUGCUGAUAUUUCUGUUGUAAUUCUAGAAUGAUGAAGAGAAAGAGAUCAGACUCACCAGAACCCAGCUGUGUGUCCAUGAAGAGUGACUGGUCAAUGGAACCUCUAUUUAACUUCAGAGACAGAGACAGUUCUACUGAUGUGAGAAUGAUGGAGGGAAAGAGAUCAGACUCACCAGAACCCAGCUGUGUGUCCAUGAAGAGUGACGCGUCAAUGGGACUUCCAAUUCACUUCAGAGACAGAGACAGUUCUUCUGAUGUGAGAUCACGAAAGAAGAAAACAAACAUCAGCAGAAAUCAUCUGGACUCCGUGUUCAAGGAGCUGGAACACAAAGUCAUCACUCUGAUAAAGAAUGAGCUGAAGAGGUUUAGGAAGCUCCUGAGUCCAGAUUACCCAGCAUGCACUGAGAGGGAGGUGGAGGAUGAGGAGGAUCUGCACAGUGUCACAGAGGGAGCGCUGAAGAUCACACUGCACGUCCUGAAGAACAUGAACCACACAGAUCUCGCUAACACACUGCACAACAAACUCUCCUCUGUGUCUCAGUCAAAGUUGAAGUCCAAGCUGAGAGAGAAGUUUAAAAGAAUUAAUGAAGGAAUGUCACAGCCUGGAAGCUCAACACUUCUGAAUGAGAUCUACACAGAGCUCUACAUCACAGAGGGUUGGAGUGGAGACGUCAAUAAUGAACAUGAGGUGAGACAGAUUGAGACCAUGUCCAGGAGACCAGCAACACAGGAGAAACCCAUCAAAUGUAAUGAUCUCUUUAAAGACAAGUCCAUCAGAACUGUGCUGACUAAAGGAGUUGCUGGAAUUGGAAAAACAGUCUCUGUGCAGAAGUUCAUUCUGGACUGGGCUGAAGGAAAAGCAAAUCAGGACGUCACCUUCAUGUUUCCACUUCCCUUUAGAGAGCUGAAUCUGAUGAAGCAGAAAAAUCUCAGUCUCAUUAAUCUUCUUCAUCAUUUUUCCACAGAAAAAAGAAAACUAGAAUCAAUAGAUUGUGACUCCUACAAAGUGGUGUUGAUCUUUGAUGGUCUGGAUGAGUGUCGACUUCCUCUAAAUUUCCAGAAGAAUGAGAUAUUGUGUGAUGUGACAGAGUCAGCCUCAGUGGAUGUGCUGCUGACGAACCUCAUCAAGGGGAAUCUGCUUCCCUCUGCUCUCCUCUGGAUAACCACAAGAGCAGGAGCAGCCAAUCAGAUCCCUCCUGAGUGUGUAGACCAGGUAACAGAGAUACGAGGCUUCAGUGAUCCUCAGAAAGAGGAGUACUUCAGGAAGAGGAUCAGUGAUCAGAGCCUGGCCAAUAAAAUCAUCACACACCUGAAGUCUUCAAGAAGCCUCUACAUCAUGUGCCACAUCCCAGUCUUCUGCUGGAUCUCAGCCACUGUUCUAGAGAGAAUGUUGGGUGAAGCAGAGGGUGGAGAGAUCCCCAAGACUCAAAUGUUCACACACUUCCUGAUCUUUCAGAUCAAACACAAGGACCAAAAGUACCAUCAGAAAUGUGACCCUGAUCCUCAGCAGACCAGAGAGAGUAUCAUGGCACUGGGAAAACUGGCUUUCCACCAGCUGGAGAAAGGAAACCUGAUCUUCUAUGAGGAAGACCUGAGGGAGUGUGGCAUUGAUGUCAGAGAUGUGUCAGUGUACUCAGGAGUGUGUACCCAGAUCUUCAGAGAGGAGUUUGGUCUUCACCGGGGGAAGGUGUUCAGCUUUGUACAUCUGAGUGUUCAGGAGUUUCUGGCUGCUUUAUACACGUUUCUCUCCUUCAUCAGCAGAAAUGUUACAGAACAUCAAACCUCUGAUCUGUCUGAUCUUUUCAGGAAGUCAAACAUGUCUGAUCUCCUCAGGAGUGCAGUGGACAAGGCCUUACAGAGUGAGAAUGGACACCUGGACCUGUUCCUCCGCUUCCUUCUGGGUCUCUCACUGGAGUCCAAUCAGACUCUCUUACGAGGCUUAAUGCCACAGACAGGAAGCAGAUCUCACAGCAAACAGGAAACGGUGGAGUACAUCAAGGAGAAGAUCAGGGAGAAUCCAUUUCCAGAGAAAUCCAUCAAUCUGUUCCACUGUCUGAAUGAACUGAAUGAUCAUUCACUAGUGCAUGAAGUACAAACUUACCUGAACAGAGGAGUUUACAGUCGUCUCAUUGGAAAUAGACUCUCUCCAGCUCAGUGGUCAGCUCUGGUGUAUGUGUUACUGACCUCAGAACAGGAUCUGGAUGAGUUUUAUUUGUAUAAAUAUGAUCCAUCAGAUGAAGGUCUUCUGAGGCUGCUGCCAGUGGUCAAAGCCUCCAGAAAAGCUGAGCUGUGGAGUUGUUAUCUGACAGAGGAAAGCUGUAGAGUUCUGUCCUCAGUUCUCAGCUCAAACUCCUCCAGUCUGAGAAUUCUGGACCUGACUAACAAUAAACUGCAGGAUUCAGGAGUGAAGCUGCUCUCUGAUGGACUGAAGGAUCCACACUGUACACUGGAGAUACUGAGUCUGUAUCGGUGUAAUCUGACAGAGGAAAGCUGUAGAGUUCUGUCCUCAGUUCUCAGGUCAAACUCCUCCAGUCUGAGAGAACUGGACCUGAGGGGCAAUAAACUGCAGGAUUCAGGAGUGAAGCUGCUCUCUGAUGGACUGAAGGAUCCACACUGUACACUGGAGAAACUGAGUCUGUAUCAGUGUGAUCUGACAGAGGAAAGCUGUAGAGUUCUGUCCUCAGUUCUCAGCUCAAACUCCUCCAGUCUGAGAGAACUGGACCUGAGUCACAAUAAACUGCAGGAUUCAGGAGUGAAGCUGCUCUCUGAUGGACUGAAGGAUCCACACUGUACACUGGAGAUACUGAGUCUGUAUGGGUGUAAUCUGACAGAGGAAAGCUGUAGAGUUCUGUCCUCAGUUCUCAGCUCAAACUCCUCCAGUCUGAGAGAACUGGUCCUGAGUGUCAAUGAACUGCAGGAUUCAGGAGUGAAGCUGCUCUCUGAUGGACUGAAGGAUCCACACUGUAGACUGGAGAUACUGUGGAUGUGUGACUGCAGUAUUACAGAUGAAGGUUGUGCUGCUCUGGCUUCAGCUCUGAGGUCAAACUCCUCAUCACACCUGAGAGAACUGAAUCUGAACAGUAAUAAUCCAGGAGAAUCAGGAGUGAAGCUGCUCUCUGAUCUACUGAAGGAUCCACACUGUAAACUGGAGACACUACACAUUAAGAAUAAUACACUCACCAGGUCUGGUGUAUGACAGGAGUCUCUGCUCAGACCUUUUUUCCAGGAUAAAGCAGUUAUGGUGGUGAAGCGUUAGAACACGUCCCACAUUUCCAGCAGUUUGGGAGCCGAAUCAUUCAUAUUCAGAUGUAGAAGAUCCAUAACAAUAACUGAAAUAGAUCAGUGUUACUGUUUCCCAAAUGUUUUUGUCACGGCACAGUUUUGAUUUAUAAAACAUCCCACGGCAGACAGCAAACCACUAAGCUUUAAAAUUAAUUGCACAAACACGCUUCAUUGUUUCAGAUGGAAUAUUAAAAGUGGACAUAAGCCUACAUUAAAAUGACAUUUAAUGUGAAAUUUGAGCUUAAGACAGGUAGGAAUAAGUUAGUUACUGCUACUACUACAGUUGCUGCUGAUAAAACAGCAAAUUUUGGCCACAUGUCAUUGCUGUCCGGCGGAAACCUCGUAUUUUUUAAAUAAUUAUGUGUCAUCAAAAUUGCUAUUAUGGCUUUAUAAAUGGUCAGACAAGUGCGUCAUUAUAUUAACAUUUUAUGUAAACAGCUUCAUCUGAGGCAAUAAGUGUAUCACAUUAGUUUUUUUUUUUUUCAACUUACAGGAUAUAAAGUUUAUUGUAAUCACUGUUUUUGUUGUUGAAUACAUGUGGACAAUAUGUCAUGAUGUAAAAGGUAAAACAGAACUUAAAACAGUAUUGGCUAGUACAACUACUGUACUUGGCUAGUAAUUACUGUACUUAAGUAGAAAUUUCACCUAUCUGUACUUUACUUCGCUAUUUAAAUUUGUCAACUUUCACUUUUACUCCACUACAUUUCCUAGAUAAAAUGUCUACUUUUACUCCAUUAUUUUCCACUAAGCGUCUUCGUUACUCGUUACUACAAAAUAAAAUCAGAAGAAAUGUGUGCGACUGCAAUAAGGUUUGGCGAAUCACUGCUCAAAGACUGCAUUACGCAGCUCUGCACGCUCUACGGAGAAGCACAGGCAUGCGCAGUCAGAGCUGGAGGCGUUUAUCUAUAACGUUAAUCGGCGGAAAGUCGCAAAGACGGCAACCAAAAGCAGUGAAAUUUCACUAUUCUUAUUACCAGAGUUGUAGCACAAACAAAAUAUUAAUGCAAACAAUCCAUUCAAUACUAAAUAAAAAUAACAUUUAUUGA